AUGAACGGGAUGGCCAACCUCAACCCUGCCGGCCGCAGCCACUUCUCUGCCAUCCCGGUGCCCCGCACUGCAGCCCACAGCAAGCCACAUGCUGCACCCCCCCCCAGCACCCCGGGGCUUCCUGUCCCCCUUGAGGCUCCAUCCCCCCGCCCAGGGAAGGCACAGACCCCCAGCCCCAAGACCCCCAAGCCAAAAGGCGCCGGCAAAGCCGCCAGCUGUGAGGACGACCCCGGUGUCCCCCUCCGCGGGGGGCAGAAAGUCCCAAUGAGACCCCUGGUGUCCCCCAGGAAGUGGCCAGAGGCAGUGGGCAGGGGCAGGAGAGGGGCAGGCAGGGUGGGGGAGCCCACGGAGCUGCCCAAAGCCUCCCGGGCACAGGGCAGGGCGGGGGGCAGCUUGGGGUGCCCCAGAAAAGGCAUCAGGGUAGCCACGGUAGGGACAGGGGAUGAGCCCCAUGGCAGCUCCCAGGGCAGGGGCCCUGUGUUCUGGUCAGGAGCCAUCACCUUCUCCUCAGGCCCACACAGCCACCCCGUCACUGCCACCGUGGCACCUUUCCAGUACCGGUGA